GAAUUCAAUACUAAUAAUCGAUUACAAGCAUUCAUUUGUUAGAAGAUGGGAAACUGUAUUAUCAAAGAAUCAUCCACACAAUGGGGAGGGGAUGAUUGGGGCUCUCCCUCGCCGGUGCCAUCAGAGGCCAAGAAAACCGUGUUUUCUUCUAGUGGGGUUGGCCAAGACAAUAAGUUGUAUGCGAAGCCAAUGAAAACAGAGGAGGAGAGUUUUCCUGGAGGAAAGAAGGGGGCUAAAUCUCUUCCUUCUUCUACCACGGCAGGGGCAGAGGUGAAGAUCAAGAUCACGAAGAAGCAAUUGGAGGAACUUCUGAGUAAGGUGGAUGUACAAGGGAAACCGGUGAAAGAGGUUUUAGCACUGUUGCUCAACCUUGGUGACGGAAAUGAGACACAUCCAAGGUCCUGGAGGCCUGCCCUGCAAAGCAUACCAGAGGCUGAGAUGUAAGGGCAGGUGUAAAUUAGGUCCUGUAAAGUUUGUUAAUUGUAUUCGUAUAUUUGUUAUGUCCUGUAAAGUUUUUUAUUAGGUUCUGAAUUCAGAUAUAGAACAAGGACCUCUCAGCCUCCAUUUAUCUCCAUCUUGUCACCACUUCCUUGAUCCCAAUGGAAAUGGGGUGGAAAUGGUUCUUGGAAAUUUUGGCCUGUGUGAAUAGGAAAGUAGUUGAACAUGUUUCUUUUUCCUUUGAUUAUUUUCCUUGUAAAUCUUUAAUUGAGAGUUAGUUACAUGAAUCAAAGACUAUAAGCAGCUAA